AUGAAAGAGGGAAGCUCCCAUUCUUCUCUUGAGAAAAGAGAUAUUGAGCUUGGACUUUCCCGUUAUUCUUACACUGUUUCUGGAAGUAUUGUUGGUGACACCACCGUGAUUCCGUUUUUAGUUGAUACUUCUCAUCCUGUCACCUGGGCUUCAAAUAGCAUUUUAAGCAGCUUGACAUGUUCUGGAGAAUCAUUCACCGUUUCUAACGCAUAUGGUACCACUGCCGAGGGUACCAUGUGCUCCCAAAAUUUGAAUCUUGGUGAUUCGAUUACCUUAACAGAUUUUCCCAUUGGUUUGGCAACUUCUAAUGGCUUUUCUAAUACCGCUAUGCUUGGACUUGGCUUAGAAUCCAACGGAUCAAAUUCCUUCAUAGAUGAUUUGGUUGAUCAAGGAUACAUUGAACAGAGAAUUGCAUCCUUGUAUCUCAAUCAUAUCGACUUGGAAGGACAGUUAAUUCUUGGCGGCAUUAACAGUUCUCUUUAUGAAGGAACCAUACAAUAUGUGGAUGCAGUCUCUUCCAGUAGCAGUGGCGGAUGGAAUAUCAAUCUUGAUGGCAUUUCCGACACUCUAGGUAAUGUCAUCGAUCAGUCAAGUGGUGUGGCACUUCUUGAUUCCAGCUCCACGUUGAACUAUUUUCCCUCAGAUGUUAUUGAGAGUAUAGCAAGCAUUUUCAAUGGUACAUAUGAUGAUAGUAUUGGUAUGUAUCAAGUGAAUUGUGAAUCCAUUUCCACCACUACUCAGCAGGUGAACUUCCAUUUUGAUAGUAGUAUCGAAAUAUCUGCAGCGGCAAGUAAUAUGUAUAUGACCUUUGGUGAUAGUUGUUACUUAUCGAUGUAUCCUUCAACCUCGGAGAACCCAUAUGUUUUGGGACAGCCAUUCUUGGCAAAUUCUUACACUGUGUUUCGUUACGAUACUCAAGAGGUGGGUCUUGUUCAAGUUGACUCUGGUUCGAACGAGGUCACUAUUUGUAGUUUCUGUGAUGCUCAGUAUACCUGUGUGCCAUGUGAAAACAUUACACAGGUGACGACAAUUGUUUCCACAUCUUACACAACAUGGUACUCCACUGAAACGAUUACUUUCUCUGAGAGUAGCUCCACCGAGACUACUACCUCUACCAGUUCAAGUUCAAGUUCCGCCGAAACCACUAGUUCCACAUUAAGUUCAAGUGUGAGUUCCAGUUCUACCAGUAGUUCUACAUCAAGUUCAAGUGUGAGUUCCACCGAAGCCACUACCUCUAUGGGUUCAAGUUCGAGUUCUGGUUCUACCACUAGUUCUACAUUAAGUUCGAGUGUGAGCUCUGUAACUCCUAGUUCUACUACUAGUUCUACAUUUAGCUCUAGUUCAAGUUCCAUUUCUGCAUCUACAUCCUCAGAAUCAAUUAUAGGUUCUUCCAGCUUGAGUUCCAGCACCACUUCAAGCGCUAUUCUCUCUAGUUCCACGCCAGGUACCGCUUCAAGUACUUCAAGUGCUACGUCAAGUAUUACGUCAAGUAUCUCAAUUCCUACUUCCAUUAGUUCAUCAGCUCUAGAAUGUUCUAAUAUUGAUGAGUCUGGUGGUUGUUACUCAGAGACCUCCUCAUUUCCUUCGAGUUCUUUGAGCUCGGACAUAACAUCUUCUUCUGAACUAACUCAAUUGACUUCUUCAGAUUUUGAGACUACGACUGUGAUCAGGACUUCCUGCUCUGGAUUGGAGGGUUGCACCUUGUCGAUUACUCAAAGCAUUUCAGGGUCAACCUCUGAUAUCUUUUCUCUAGGGUCCUCUACUUCAGAGUCGUCUACUGUUGAGUCCUCUACUCUUGAGUCCUCUAUUGUUGAGUCCCCUACUCUUGAGUAUUCUACUGCGGAGUCCCCGACUGUUGAGUCCUCUACUACUGAGGGUACUGCUGAAUCUUCAAUACCAGAGAGCUCUGAGUCGAUUUUGGUGACAUCCUUCGGGUCCUCUCUACUUCCAACCUCUCAAAGUUCUGAAGUUUUAGGUUCAUCUCCUACAAACACAAUCACUACUACUUUGGUAGCCAAUCAGUCUGGGUCUACUUCCCAAAGCUCCACUUACACAAUAGAAUCUUCUCUCUCCCAAUCCACCCCAGUCAUUGUUACCACAUUCAUUGGCGAAGCUAUAGUUGUGAACCCUGAUGCUUGCUCCUUCUUCCAUAUGUUAGCUGUCUUUGCGGGUACACUCAUAUUAUUAUGA